UUGGCCGCCAUCCGUCGUCGAAAAUUUUUAAAAGAACAUAAUGUCCGCUUGCAAAAAACUUGCGACAUCAUCGCUGGCCAGAAGAAUUGCGUUUUCAAAGCCUAUGUCUUCAUCUUCUUCAUCAUCAUCUGAUAGUCAGCAGCCUGGUUGGGGCAGUGGGUCUGGAGCAGGAGGUGGUGCAGGGGGUUCCAUCAGAGAAGCUGGGGGCCCAUUUGGAAAGAGAGAAGCCGCAAAAGAGGAAGAGUACUUUAGAAAACUGAAUGCACAACAGUUGGAAACAUUGAAGAACUCUCUACACGAUGAAAUUAAGUACCACAAAGAGGAGAUUGCUGACCACCAGAAGGCCAUAGAAAGGCACAAGAACAAGUUGGAUGAGUUAAAGAAGUUGUCGGAAUAGAUUUGUUGGGGAGUAUUGAGUCACUUCUUGUUCAUGCUAACAUUUCUCAGUGUCUCACUGGUGACAUUAAUUUAAUGAUAAAUUGUAGAUUAAUUCAUUCUGUUAAGUUUAAUAAUGUUAAUAGCUCCAGUUUUCAAAGGGUGAGGACAAAAAUAUUGUUUUGUUCC